AUGUCAAACCUUGCAAAACUCGAAUUUGUUGCUCUUGAUAUUAGUGGAAACAACUACUUGUCUUGGGUGUUAGAUGUUGAAAUACAUUUAAAUGCAAAGGGACUUGGUGAUACUAUUAAAGAAAACAACACUGCAACAAGCCAAGAUAAAGCUAAAGCUAUGAUAUUCCUUCGCCAUCACCUUCAUGAAGGCCUUAAGACUGAGUACUUGACUGUUAAAGACCCACAAGUUCUUUUGAGUAUUCUAAAAUUACAAGACUUUAAGUCUGUGAGUGAAUACAACUCAGCCAUGUUUAGAAUUACGUCACAAUUGAAAUUAUGUGGAAAGAAAAUCAAGGAUUCAGAAAUGUUAGAAAAAACAUACUCUACUUUUCAUGCAAACAAUGUUGUCGUGCAGACACAAUACCGUGAAAAGGGUUUUAAAAAAUAUUCUGAAUUGAUAUCUUUUCUCCUUAUGGCUAAGCAAAAUAAUGAACUAUUAAUGAAAAAUCAUGAAUCACGCCCAAUUGGCUCUACUCCAUUCCCUGAAGCGAAUGCGACAUCGCAUAGUGGGAAAGAGUAA